AUGGGGAUUGUAUCAUCAACCUUGACUCUAGUCGCAGCUCAAUACGUUGAGCCAACUAAAACCUUGGAAGCUUCAUCAGCACCUGCAGCAGUAUCAGUAGAACUUGAUGAAGCUAAAAAUCAACAACCAGUACCACGUGUUCUGGAUACUCUUUCUAGUCACCAAGAAAAUCGGAACAGACGAGCUGCUCAGCUGAGGUAUAGACGCAAACGACCUUCCAGCUUUGAUGCAUCUCUUAUUGCCAAGAGUAUGAUUAGAAAUGGAAUUCCAAUAUCCGCUGGAUCUAGAGUCGUCUCUUCGACGCCUAGUACUUUGAAAAGACAGCAGGCUCCUCAGUGGAGUGAAUCUUCUUCGGCAUCCGCCUCUUCUUCCUCUUCUAUAUCUUCUAAAGAAAACAACAACAAUGAUGAUGAAAUUGUUGGUCAAAAGUAUACCAUGUCUGCUGCGGAAGAAGCUGCCUUCAGAAUGACUGUCGGACGAGGACACUUCAGCAGAUCGAAAAAGGAUCGAUUUCUCAAUCACUUGAGACUUGAAAAACGACUUAACGACCUCAAUCGUGAAUUCUUUGAGCUUACUUGUCGUGCUCACUCACGGUCACUUUAUCGUCAUCAUUCGGGAGAUCUGAGAAAAAUUGUUUAG